AUCUCAUAAAUGGAGCCCAAGAACAGUGUGAAUUGCCUCCUAUGGAUGGUUUUCCUCACUGUGAAGGGAAAAUAAAGUGGAUGAAAGAUAUGUGGCGAUCGGAUCCCUGUUAUGCAAGUUACGGUGUAGAUGGGUCCACGUGCUCCUUUUUUAUUUACCUCAGUGAGGUUGAAAAUUGGUGUCCUCGUUUACCUUGGAGAGCAAAAAAUCCUAAUGAAGAAACUGAUCAAAAAACGGUGGCUGAAAUUCGUAUCAACUUUGAUAAUCUCUACAAAAUGAUGUCAAGACAUGAGGAAUUCAGGUGGAUGAUGUUACGCAUCAGACGAAUGGCUGAUACCUGGAUUGAAGCAAUUAAAUCACUUGCAGAAAAACAAAAUUUGGAGAAGAGAAAACGAAAAAAGAUUCUUGUUCAUCUGGGGCUUUUGACAAAAGAAUCUGGAUUCAAGAUUGCAGAAAAUGCGUUUAGCGGUGGCCCACUUGGUGAAUUAGUCCAGUGGAGUGAUUUAAUUACAUCUCUCUACUUACUGGGCCAUGACAUCAGGAUUUCAGCUUCACUGGCAGAGCUUAAGGAGAUUAUGAAGAAGGUUGUAGGUAACAGAUCUGGCUGCCCUACCCAAGGGGAUAAAAUUGUAGAACUCAUUUACAUUGAUAUUGUGGGACUCACUCAGUUUAAGAAAACCCUUGGUCCAUCAUGGGUACAUUACCAGUGUAUGCUAAGAGUUCUGGAUUCCUUUGGAACUGAACCAGAGUUUAACCAUGCCCAUUAUGCCCAGUCUAAAGGCCACAAGACACCAUGGGGAAAGUGGAACCUUAAUCCACAGCAGUUUUACACAAUGUUCCCUCACACUCCAGAUAACAGCUUCCUUGGAUUUGUGGUAGAGCAGCAUCUGAAUUCCAGUGACAUUAAACACAUUAAUGACAUCAAAAGACAGAAUCAAUCUCUCGUUUAUGGCAAAGUAGAUCAUUUCUGGAAGCUACAAGAUAAGAAGUCUUACCUGGACAUCAUCCACACCUAUAUGGAAGUCCAUGGAACUGUUCAUGGGUCAAGCACCAUUUAUAUUCCCGGCUACGUAAAAAACCAUGGUAUACUCAGUGGGCGGGAUUUGCAGUUUCUACUGAGAGAAACCAAGCUGUUCGUUGGUCUUGGAUUUCCAUAUGAAGGGCCGGCUCCUUUAGAGGCUAUUGCUAAUGGAUGUGCUUUUCUAAAUUUAAGAUUUAACCCACCAAAAAGUAGCAAAAACACAGAAUUUUUCAAAGGCAAACCUACACUCCGAGAGUUGACAUCUCAGCAUCCCUAUGCUGAAGUUUACAUUGGGAAGCCCCAUGUCUGGACUGUAGACAUCAGUGAUCUUUCUGAAGUUGAGAAGGCUGUGAAAUCAAUUCUGAAUCAAAAGAUUGACCCUUAUUUGCCCUAUGAAUUUACAUGUGAAGGAAUGCUUCAGAGGAUGAAUGCGUUUAUUGAAAGACAGGACUUCUGUCACGGGCAAGUGAUGUGGCCUCCAUUAAGUGCCCUUCAAGUAAAAAUUGCUGAACCUGGAAAAUCCUGUAAACAAGUUUGUCAGGAAAGCCAGCUCAUCUGUGAGCCUUCCUUCUUCCAGCAUCUUAACAAGGACAAAGCUCUGCUUAGGCAUAAUAUCGAAUGUCUCACCAUGGAGUCUGCAAAUGAUAUUCUGGUCCCCUCUUUUGAUGGAAGAAGGAAGCACUGUGUUUUCCAAGGUGACCUCUUACUGUUCAGCUGUGCCGGAUCCCACCCAACCCACAGAAGAAUCUGCCCCUGCAGAGACUAUAUUAAGGGGCAGGUUGCGCUUUGUAAAGACUGCCUAUAG